AUGGCUACCACUAUAUCCCCCAACACGUAUACCCCUUUGCGAUCGGUCAGCCUAGAUCGACUUUUAGCGAAGGACCCGGAGUCGAUUCAAGAGCUUCUACAGGGCGCACGAAGUCCGGGGUUUUUCCUUGUGGACUUGCGGGGAGUCGCUGGAAAGCAGAUACGAGCGGAUCUGGCUCAGGUGUAUCAAGUUACCAAAGAUUACUUCGAUCAACCUUCCCAGGCGAAGCAGGAACACUUCAGGGCCGACAUUGAUCGCGGGCAAGUCCACAAAAUAUUUCGACACCUCGCCCGCGAGGAGCUUACAAGCGCCCAGCUAGCCUGCCCUGGUCAACUUGCAAUCCACAAGGAGUUGUUAACUCGCUUCACCGGCGAUUGUCACGAUCUAGCCAUGACGCUCUUACGCAGUUUAUCAGAUGUGCUAGGCCUCGCUGGUGAUGCCCAGUUAGAGACAAGCCACUCAGACACCCAGAGCAAUGACUCGGGGUUAAAGCUAAUUGAGAUCCCUACUGUCGAGCGGAUGGAUGAAUUUCCAGAUACGACACACACUGAUAACGGCACCCUGACCCUUCUAUGGAGCACUGAAAUGGCAAGCCAAAUCUGUGACCCGACUACGGGGGAGUGGGGUUGGGCUGAGGAGCGAGAUGGACAUGUCCUCGUCAAUGUGGCCAACUCGCUUCAGAAACAAACCGGUGGCAGACUCCAUUCCUGCCUCCAUAAGGUGGCUCAGCCUAGUGAUGGCGCUCAUGAACGAUACAUGGUUAGCUAUUACUUGCGCCCAAACGCUCGGUGA